UAAUAUCCGCCGUCAGUAUCUCUCUCCUCCUUCAAAAACCUAAUCUUUGUUUUCUUCCUUGGUCGGGCGAUCGAUGGCGAGGACGAAGCAGACGGCGCGGAAAUCCACUGGCGGCAAGGCCCCACGGAAGCAGCUGGCGACGAAGGCGGCGAGGAAGUCCGCUCCCGCGACCGGCGGCGUCAAGAAGCCCCAUCGCUUCCGGCCCGGGACGGUGGCGCUGAGGGAGAUUCGGAAGUACCAGAAGAGCACCGAGCUUCUCAUCCGCAAGCUUCCGUUCCAGCGCCUGGUUCGCGAGAUCGCCCAGGACUUCAAGACGGACCUUCGCUUCCAGAGCUCUGCUGUUGCGGCCCUCCAGGAGGCUGCCGAGGCUUACCUCGUCGGCCUUUUCGAGGACACCAACCUUUGCGCGAUUCAUGCCAAGAGGGUUACCAUCAUGCCUAAGGACAUCCAACUCGCGCGUCGUAUCCGGGGGGAGAGGGCUUGAGAGCUGUCCGAUUUGUUGCUUUUCAUGGGCGGUUGCGUUAUGUUAGGUAUUUAGCUGUAGGAAGAUGACGCAUGCGUUUGUUUGAAUUGCCAUAUGUUAAUGGUGAACGACAUUUUGAAAUC